GUGCUAAUGUAAACCUGCCUAUAAUUGCAUCCAAAAAGUACCAGUGUCACGUUCAGUGGGCUAAAAGUGUUUUGAAAGAGCAAGGAUUUGAUGACCGCUCGGUUACCAAAAUUCUUGAAAGUUACACUGAGCCGCUUGAGCUGCCAUUUUUGGAAGAGGGUGGAACUGAACAAACCAGGAAUAGUUGUAACAGGACGGGCCCAGAUUCAGAAAAUGCAGAGCUUCCCAGAGAAUCUUCUACAGAUACUGGAAAUGCAGUAGCCCUAAAUCCUGAGUGUUGGAAUGAAGGCUACAAGAAGGCCUCUUCGGCAGGAGAUCCAGCGUUUGAUCCUGUGGCUGUUUGUGGCUCUAAAGAACAGGAGCAAGGUGACUUGAAAGAGGGAGCUGAAGAGUCUUGCCAGAAGCAUGGCUGCGAGUCGAGGGAGAGCACUGAGCAAAGAUCUUGUGAGAUGGUCAGGUCAAAAGAAUGUGCUCCUGAGUACGUGCUGGUGCAAGAGGAAGAAGAAAGUAGUCCAUGUCCUGCAGAUGAUUCUGGUCACGUGCAAGAAAAUCUUGUCAAGAAGGAAAAACUAGUAUGCAGAAGAAAUCCAUUUAGGAUUUUUGAAUACUUACAACUCAGCUUAGAAGAGGCAUUUUUUUUGGUGUAUGCCCUGGGAUGUUUAAGUAUUUAUUAUGGUGAGGAGCCACUAACUAUUUUGAAGCUAUGGGAAGUUUUCAGCGAAGUGAAGCCCAACUUUAGAACUACUUACAUGGCGUAUCACUACUUCCGCAGUAGGGGUUGGGUCCCCAAAGUCGGACUGAAGUAUGGAACUGAUCUCUUGCUGUAUCGAAAAGGCCCCCCCUUCUAUCACGCAAGUUACUCUGUCAUUGCUGAAUUAGUUGAUGAUAAUUUUGAAGGCUCUCUUCGCAGACCACUCUGCUGGAAGUCCUUGUCUGGGUUGAACAGAACAACUGUUAGUGCUUCUAAGGAACUGAUGUUAUGCUAUUUGAUCAGACCGUCUGACAUGACCGAAGCAGAGAUGUCGACACCUGAAUGUAUGAAAAGAAUUAAGGUUCAGGAACUGAUUGUAACUCGUUGGGUUUCUUCCCGUGAGCGAGAUGAACUUUAA